AUGGGCUUAUUUGAAAAGAAGGAAAAGUUUGAUGUGAACAAAGUUAAGAGCAAUUUGAAGAUGGCCAUCACUAGAAUUGGCUUGCUGAGAAACAAAAAAUCCAACUCUAUCAAACUCCAAAAACGACAAGUCGCAGAAUUAUUACAACAAGAAAAGGAUGAAUCUGCCAGAAUUAAAGUAGAAAAUAUUAUUAGAGAGGAUUAUGCUAUUGAAGCGCUCGAAAUAUUGGAAUUGUUUUGUGAUUUGGUCCAUACAAGAAUUCAAUUACUCGCAGAAUCCAAAUCAUGCCCUCAUGACAUGAAGGAGGCAGUCAGUACAUUAAUUUACGCUGCUCCGAGAACUGAAGUUAAAGAGCUAAUGGAAGUGAGAAAUCAGUUCUCAGCAAAGUGGGGAAAAGAUUUUGUGGAUUCUGCAAUGGAAAAUAAGGACCUAGCUGUAAAUCAACGUGUAAUGUUUAAACUGGAUGUGAAGGUACCAGAACCUUAUCUAUGUAUUGAUUAUUUGAGAGAAAUUGCAAAAGAAAAUGGCAUUGAAUGGGAUGACAGCAAUGUUGUGACAGAUGUAGACGUGCACAAUCAACAAAUACCACCAGCAAAUAUUAAUCCAGCUCUUCAAACCUUUUCAAUUCCGACAUCUGAACCAAUACAACACAACCAACCAUUCCAAACUCAACAAUUUCAUCAAGGACCACCUCCAGCAUACAGUCCUGGAUUGUACAAUGCAAAUUCACAACCUCAAUUUGCUCCAAACACAGAUCUGCGUCCAACGAAUCAAUCUGGCUACUCGGUUGAUUUCAAUCCUCAGCAACCAUCUAUGUUCGCAGAAGUACCACCCUUAGCACAUGGCACGUUUGGAAAUAAUUCAGGUGGAUUUGGACAAGAUCCCAACAGCUACGAUUUUGAUGAACUACAAAAGAGAUUUGAAGCAUUAAAGAAGAGAGAAUAA